AUUCUCAACAGUGUAAAAUUCAGCGAAUUACAAUUUGCUCAAACUCUGAUCUUUGCCACUGAAGAAAUAAACAACAGGACAGAUAUACUCCCUGGUAUUUCACUGGGUUAUAAGAUAUACGAUGAUUGCAGUACCAUACCUUUGGCUAUAAGGGCAACGAUGGCUUUAGUGAAUGAACAGGAAGAAAAUAUGUACUCUAACCAGUCCUGUACCAAGCCAUCUACUGUCCAUGCUAUAAUAGGACCAGCUAGUUCUUCACCAGCUAUAGGAAUUGCGACAACAAUAAGGGCUUUUCACAUACCAGUGAUUAGUCACUUUGCAACCUGUGAAUGUCUGAGUAACAGGAAUAAGUACCCUUCGUUUUUCAGAACCAUACCAAGUGAUUAUUAUCAAAGCAGAGCCCUGGCACAGCUUGUGAAGCAUUUUGGAUGGACUUGGAUUGGGGCAAUUAGAAAUGAUGAUGACUAUGGCAACUCAGGAAUGGCUACCUUUGUGAAAGCAGCCCAAGAGGAGGGGGUUUGCAUUGAAUAUGUAGAGACUAUUUACAGAACGUAUCCAAGAGAAAAACUAAUUAAAACUGUAGAUGUUAUAAAAAAGUCAUCUUCAAAGGUUAUUUUAGCUUUCACUUCUUAUACAGAUUUUGAAUUUCUGGUUAAAGAACUGUUGCUUCAGAAUGUUACUGGUUUUCAGUGGAUAGGCAGUGAAUCUUGGAUUUCUGACAAAAACCUUGCAGCAGGAGAAAGUUACAGAGUUCUGGGGGGGGCACUGGGUUUCACAGUUGCUAAUGCAGCAAUUACAGGUUUGGAGGAGUUUUUAAUGAAUGUCCGUCCAUCUGACACCCCUGGGAAUUCAGGCUUAAGAGAUUUUUGGGAAACUGUUUUCAGUUGCACCCUGACUACCCAAGACAAGUCUGCAUCGGUUAAUCCAUGUACAGGGUCUGAGAAUUUAGCAGAGGUAAAGAAUGAGUACACUGAUGUAACUGAUCUGGGAAAUGCCAAUGAUGUCUAUAAAGCUGUGUAUGCUGUAGCCCAUUCACUACACAAUCUGCUUACAUGCGAAAGUGGCCAGGGACCUUUUGCUGGUAAGACAUGUGCAAAUAAGAAGAGGAUUGAACCAUGGCAGGUAGUACAUUAUCUGAAAACAGUUAAUUUCACUACCAAGAAUGGAGAUAAUGUUUAUUUUGAUGAAAAUGGGAAUCCAAUUGCAAGAUAUGCAUUAGUUAACUGGCAACUCAAUAAGGAGAGCAUCAUAAAAUUUGUUACAGUUGGUCUCUAUGAUGCAUCUUUACCAGAAGGACAACAGUUUAUUAUGAAUAAUGUCAGUGUUGUUUGGGCAGGUGGUCAGGAUAAGGCGCCUAAAUCAGUGUGCAGUGAGAGCUGUCCUCCAGGCACUCGGAAGGCUGUUCAGAAAGGAAAGCCUGUUUGUUGCUUUGACUGCAUACCAUGUGCUGAAGGAGAAAUCAGCAAUCAGACAGAUUCUAUUGAUUGUAUGAAGUGCCCUUUGGAAUACAGGUCGAAUAACCAAAAAAAACAAUGCAUCUUAAAAGCCAUUGAAUUUCUAUCAUUUGGUGAAAUCAUGGGGAUGUUGCUGAUGAUCCUUUCAUUGAUUGGGGCUUGUUUAACCACUGCUAUAGCUAUUGUUUUCUUUCGGUUCAGAGAUACCCCCAUUGUUAAAGCUAAUAACUCUGAACUCAGUUUCCUUCUUUUGUUUUCAUUAGCUCUGUGUUUCCUUUGUUCACUUACUUUCAUUGGCCAGCCCUCUGAGUGGUCCUGUAUGUUGCGCCACACUGCCUUUGGGAUCACAUUUGUCCUGUGCCUCUCUUGUGUUCUGGGGAAAACAAUAGUCGUGUUAAUGGCAUUUAGAUCUACACUUCCUGGUAAUAAUAUGAUGAAAUGGUUUGGGCCAGUCCAGCAGCGGCUAACUCUUUUUGCAUUCACAUUCAUUCAGGCCUUAAUUUGCACUCUUUGGUUAAUAAUAUCCCCUCCUUUUCCAAACAAAAACAUGAACUCUUUCAAAGACAGAAUCAUUUUAGAGUGUGACCUGGGAUCUGCUGCAGCAUUUUAUGCUGUGUUAGGGUAUAUUGGGUUUCUUGCUGCCAUGUGCUUUGCGCUCGCUUUUCUGGCUCGUAACCUACCAGAUAACUUUAAUGAAGCUAAAUACAUUACAUUUAGCAUGCUCAUAUUCUGUGCUGUUUGGAUCACUUUCAUCCCAGCUUACAUCAGUUCACCUGGGAAGUACACAGUUGCUGUAGAAAUAUUUGCAAUUUUAGCUUCCAGCUUUGGUUUGCUCUUCUGUAUUUUUGCUCCUAAAUGUUAUAUUAUAUUAUUUAAGCCUGAGAAGAAUACAAAAAAACAUUUAAUGGGUAAAGGGCCCUCAAAGCCACUUUGAAAAAAAUAAUAAAAAUGUUCUAAAAUAUGAAAACAUGGUAUAAAAACACAUUCAGUCAAGCACUGCAGCCCCCGCAUUAGGUAACACAGGUCCUUUUUUAAAGACAGCUUCAAAGUUGCUCUUAUACAGCGUGCUUGAAGAUUCACUUUUAAAAAACAAUAACAUUAUAUAUAAAUGAAAUAUAAAAUGAGAAUUUCAUUAUACCAUGUUAGUCAGUCAUGUAUACAUUUUUUCUAGGUACAGUAUUAGAUUUUAUAAUACCCUGUAAGCCAGCACACUGUAUUAUCCAGCAGAAUGUUCUGUUCCCAGGUUAGACAGGUUUUACUGUACACUAUUGGAUGCUAGAAAUUCUGUAAUAUGUUUUACAAAUGCUCUCUUGUUAAGUGAAUGGUUUGAGGGCUUCAUAUUUAGCUGAGAUAUUAAUUGUUAGUGUUUACAGCUAUCUUUAAUUGUUUAUUUAAAUAUUGGAAUGUUUCAGGCCACUGAAUGGCCUCUUAAAAUGUGUAAUUGAUUAAUUGUAGUCUGUGUUUACUGUUUUUCCUAAGCACAGUUAAAAAGAUUCUCUAUUUUAUUUACUGCAACAUUACAUCACAUCCUAGAUAUAUCACUGGUGAUAGGCUUUAAUAGAACUUCUCUAUAAUGUACUGAAGGUCUCAACACUGUACAGCUAUGGCCAAAAGUUUAGCAUCACCUAGACUUCUAAGAUUGAGACAUCUUUAAAAAAAAAAAAUAUGUGAACAUAAUUUAGAUCUUUUAUAUAACAUCAUGUAAAAAAAUUAUAUUGCAAAAGACUACCAGAAGCCAUAACAGUAGUACAGUAUUUCAUGUUAGAUUUUGAAAUGUCACUGUAACAGGGCGAGGAGCCCUGUACAUGGAUUUGUUUAUUUAUUUUUAGAAUGGGGUCUCCCCCUCCACCCCUGUGCAGUUUAUUAUUGUGUAUUUGUUUUGUUGUAUUGUUAUGAUUGAUUGUAUGUAUAUUUGACAGCGUAGCCGCGUUUUGUUUUGUAUUGUUUAGUAGCUCUGUUCUUUUGUAGAUUCAAAAUCAAUAUAUUCACAGUACAGAAAUUAGAAAAGGGUAAUUAAUAUGUACACAAGGGAUACGUCCUUACAUAACACAUUAAAAUGAAUCCCACUGUAUUCGAUUCAGUCAACUGUGCUACCAUAUUAUCACAAGCAUGCUUUAUUAAUAGCAUGCUUUUAUAAAAGUAUACUGUCAAUAUUAUCUUACUUUUUUAUUGCAAUCCUAGUGCUCUUUUACACUCAGCUUAAAUACUUACAGCACAAAAUGAAGUCUGUGUUUACUGCAUUUUUAAUCAAGUACUAAAAAUCCAUUUCAAUGUAGUUCACUACAUUGUUCAUAAUACUUGUAACAAUACUGAUAUAUUGUCAUUUCCGUGUGGUUAUAUUUUCCCUAUUAUCUAUUAAUUAAUUAUUAUCAAUAAUUACCUUUAACACAUUGGUCAUUGCAUUACAAACACUUAUUUACAAAUUGGUGAAAUUACACCUUGGUUUGUCCAUCAGACAACUGCUUUACACACUUAACCCUUUCACAGCUGUGAAAACACAGUACAAGGAAGGCAUAAAGCAAUGGAAUGUCAAGAGCAAGGGACCCUCAAUAUUCCAGUUCAGGUCAUUAUAACAACCAGGUCCUAAAUUAGUAAUUGAAAGGGCUGAAGGGCCAGAGUCUAAAGUGUGACAUACAUACAGCGCAGACAGACUGACAGACAGGUGACCACCUCCGCUGUAUACUAAUGCCAGGGAAAGUACAAAAUAAUAAAGAAAAAAGUUGUCAAAAACAUACAAAAUCAUGUAAGUGUAUAUAUGUAUGUGUAUAUAUAGAUAUAUUAUUUCUUUCUUUAUUUAUUUCUUUAUUUAUUUUUAAAUAUUUAAUUUUGUUUGUGUUUUAUUCAUAUAAUUUAUUUAUUCAUUUCGUCUUUGUUAUUGUCAUUGUUUAUUAUGCAGGCACAUACCCUGUUUUUU